AUGUUUACACGCGUCUCUUUAACUCUCUCUCUCUCUCUCUCUUUCUAUCUAUCUAUCUAUCUAUCUAUCUCUCACACACAAACACACACACUUUUUUUAAAUAUAUAUUUCUCUUUUAAUUCUCUAUCUAUCUAUCUAUCUAUUUAUCUAUCUAUCAGUCUAGCUAUCUAUCAAUCUUUCUCAUUCUUAUUUACUUUCCUAAUUCUGUCCACUUUCUAUUCUUCAUAUGCUGCUGCGUUUAAUUUUUUUCUUUUUCCUUUUCUCUUUUUACUUAACUCUCUUCUAACUAAACUUCUCCCUCUCUGCCAAAAUAUCUUUCCCAUAUCUCCUUUUUCCAAAACCUUAUUUUCAUGCUCAUUUAUGUUAAAAUCCUUCCUUCCUUCUUUCUUUCUUUCUUUCUUUCUUUCUUUCCUUUCAUUCUUUUUCUUUUUUCUUCCUUCCUUUCUUUAUUUCUUCUUUUCUCUCUUUCCUCUUUCUUCUUUCUUUCUUUCUUUCUUUCUUUUUCUUUUCUUCCUUCUUUCUGCCUUUCUUUCUUUCUUUGUUCCUUCUUUCCUUCCUUUCUUUCUUUUUCUUUCUUAG